CAUUAAUGCAGAAUAUAUUUGGUCAUUAAAGGACAUAAAUUGAUACAAAUUAAAACAUGUGGAGUAGAAUAUUAGUGGAAAAGCUAAUACACAAAUACAGGCAACAUGAAUAUUUAUACAACUCAAGUCAUCCAUUCUAUGCGGAUCGAGCAAGAAGAGCCGCCUCUCUGCAGGAUAUAUGCAGAUCCUUGAAUAAAAUCAAUAAAAAUAUCACCGUAUAUGAAUUGAAAAAGAAAAUUCAUACAUUGCGUUCGCAAUAUCUCAAAGAAUUGCGCGAUAUGGGCAAAAGCCGACAGGAGGGAGUAACUGGAGUACUAGAACCCAAACUAUGGUGUUAUGAUAAAUUGGAUUUCCUAAAAUAUCAUUGCCAUACCAAAUACUCGACGAUCGAUGAUGUUGAGAUGGAGGAUGUGAUUGAAGAGGUUGAGGAAGCACAUAAUAAUACUGAGAUUACAUGUAUAUUUGAGGAUGGCGACACCCAACAUAAUCAUCCCAAUGAUGGCGAAAGUUCGGAUGAGUUUGAAUUCACUUCAAUUGAUAAAACAUGGACCAAAGAAUUGGUUAAAGUCCUUAUUGAGCAAUAUCGUCAGCAGGAAAAUUUGUACAAUACCAACGAUCCACGCCACAUGCAUCGUAAAACAAGACACCAGUCUUUUCUAGAGAUGUGCGAAGCCAUUAAUAAAAUUAAUGAACACAUCACUGUGCCGGAUAUCAAAAAGAAAAUCCACACUCUAAGAUCACAAUAUAUUCGUCAAUUACAUGAUAUUCGUGAGGGUAAACACGAGGAGAGCCGUGGUAGGCUGUGGUGUUUCGAUCGUUUGGAUUUUCUGAGACCACAUUGUACAUUUAAAAAUCAAGUUGAAGCUGUGGAGGAGGUACGUGAAUUGUUAAUCUAA